GCACAGGGACAGCGAAUCAAACAGACUUGAGUUGUGGUGGUAGUGGUGGUGGCGGCGGUGGGGGGGAGUUGGAGUAGCAGGAGGCGGAGGAGAUCCUCAACUUGAGCUCCGGAGCACAGGCUGUAUAUAAAAAGCUCCGGAGUCGAUGCUCCUCCUGGUGCGGCGCAGUCUCAGCUCUCCACCGGACCGGUAUGCACUAUCCGCGGAGGAGGAAGUGAGCCGCGCCAACCGUGAAAGAUGCAGGCGGAGGACAUGGAGGUACCUAUCAUUAAUAACCUUAACGAUAACGGCGACAGACAGAGGCCGAAAGGGAAAGAUGUGUUCAAGGAUCAGCAGAAGGAGUCGGAGAGCUCCAUGGAGUCUCCCAACCUGGAGUUUGAGUAUGGAGACACAGACACACUCACUGCUGAGCUUUCAGAGCUCUACAGUUACACAGAGGAGCCGGAGUUUGCCCUGAACAGAGACUACUUUGAGGAGGACUUCAGGAGCCAUGCUCGAGGCAGGAGGUGGAUCGAGCUGACGGUGGAGGAGCAGAGGGCGUAUGUGAUGAGGCUGCUGGACGCGCUGGAGGUGACGGACAGGGACAAGAGGCUGAAGGUGGCCAGAGCCAUCCUCUACCUGGCUCAGGGAGUGUUUGAUGAGUGCGACACAGAGGUGGAUGUGCUUCACUGGUCCAGACACAACGUCUUUCUGCUCUACGACAUGGGCAUCUUCACGGCGCUGCUGGAGCUGCUCAGCAUGGAGAUAGAUAACAGCCAGGCGUGCAGCAGUGCAGUGAGGAAGCCUGCCAUCUCUCUUGCAGACAGCACAGAGCUCAGAGUGUUACUGAGCAUCAUGUACCUAAUGGUGGAGACCGUUAGAGUUCGAACAGAGGACGACCGACCUGAGUGGAUAGCAGCCAGAGAGACCUUCAAGAAUGAGUUAGGUUCACCCCUGUACAACGGAGAGCCCUUCGCCCUGCUCCUCUUCACCAUGGUGACCAAGUUCUGCAGCAUGAACGCCCCACACUUCCCCAUGAAGAAAGUACUACUACUACUCUGGAAGACAAUACUGUUCACCUUGGGGGGUUUCGAGGAGCUCCAGGAGAUGAAGGUGCGGGGCAGAGAGCGUUUCAACCUGCCUCCACUACCGGAGGACAGCAUCAAGGUGGUUAGAGCCAUGAGAGCAGCCUCUCCCCCGGCCUCCGCCAUGGAGCUCAUCGAACAGCAGCAGCAGCAAAAGAGGGGCCGCCGCAGCCGCAGGAGUGCCUUUGUUGAUAGCUUGGAAGGAGACAGUCCCUUUACCAAGAAGCAGCCCCUGGUUAAGCAGGACAGCCUCGACACGUACAACGAACGGGACCCCUUCAAAAACGACGAUGCCCGGGAUGAGGAGGAGGACCCCGAGGACACGGACAGCGGCAUCGAGGGCGAGGUGGACCCCCUGGACCGGGAUGUCAUCAUCCAGCCUCCACCACCACCGCCUCCUUUGAGACCUCCGACAGAGAGGGUCAACUUCCCCAAGGGCCUCCCCUGGGCCCCUAAAGUCAGGGAGAAAGACAUCGAGCACUUCCUAGAGACCAGUAGAAACAAAUUCAUCGGCUUUACACUGGGAAAUGACACAGAGACCUUGGUUGGCUUGCCCAGACCCAUCCACGAGAGUGUCAAGACUCUUAAACAGCACAAAUAUGUGUCUAUUGCCGAAGUCCAGAUCAAGAGGGAGGAGGAGCUACAACAGUGUCCAAUGACUCUGGGUGAGGAGGAGGUGGAGGAGACACCAGCAGAGAUAUUGUACCUGGGCAUGCUUCCUAACCUUUCCCAGUAUGUGAUCGCCCUCCUGAAGCUGCUGCUGGCCGCAGCUCCCACCUCCAAGGCCAAAACGGACUCUAUCAACAUCCUGGCUGAUGUGCUGCCCGAGGAGAUGCCUAUCACAGUCCUUCAGAGCAUGAAGCUGGGAAUUGACGUGAACCGUCACAAGGAAAUCAUCGUCAAGGCCAUCUCUGCUCUGCUGCUGCUGCUCCUCAAGCACUUCAAGCUCAACCAUAUCUAUCAGUUUGAAAUUGUGUCCCAGCACCUGGUGUUUGCCAACUGUAUCCCACUCAUCCUCAAGUUCUUCAACCAGAACAUCAUGUCCUACAUCAGCGCCAAAAACAGUAUCUGUGUACUGGACUUUCCCCACUGUGUGGUGCAUGAGAUGCCUGAGCUCACAGCUGAGAGCUUGGAGGCAGGAGACAGCAACCAAUUCUGCUGGAGGAACCUGUUCUCUUGUAUCAACCUGCUGAGAAUCCUGAACAAGCUGACCAAGUGGAAACACUCCAGGACCAUGAUGCUGGUGGUGUUCAAGUCCGCCCCCAUCCUGAAGAGAGCUUUGAAGGUGAAACAGGCCAUGAUGCAGCUCUACGUUCUCAAGCUGCUUAAGAUCCAGACCAAGUACUUGGGCCGCCAGUGGAGGAAGAGCAAUAUGAAGACCAUGUCAGCCAUCUACCAGAAAGUCCGCCACAGACUCAAUGACGACUGGGCCUAUGGAAAUGAUAUUGAUGCUCGACCCUGGGACUUCCAGGCGGAGGAGUGCGCCCUGCGUGAGAGCAUCGAGAAGUUCAACAGCCGCCGCUACGACAAGAAUAAGAAUGGGGACUUCACGCCCGUGGACAACUGCCUGCAGAGUGUGCUGGGCCAGCGCGUGGAUCUACCCGAGGACUUCCACUACAGCUACGAGAUGUGGCUGGAGAGAGAGGUGUUCUCCCAGCCGAUCCAGUGGGAGGGGCUGCUGCAGAAUCCGUGAUGGAGGGGAGGGAGAGAGAGUGGGGGGGUGGGGGGGGUGACAGAGGAGAGGUCACAUGUGAGCUUGGGGUGGUUUUAGGGUGUGGCGCUACUGCAAAAAUGGAGUACAAGGAGAACAGGAGGGAGGAAUAGGGGUUUCUCUGCACAUCAGUGAUGUGGAGGGAAGGGGGGGGGGGGAUAAAGAAAAAAAGAGACUGGAGACGGAGAAGUCACCUCCCAGGUCAGGCAGUGAUGGGAGGAGAUUGAGUAUGACGCAAAGUUGACGAGCAAAUGGAGCUUCCUACUGUGAGCUCAGCACAAAUAGAUGCCACACACACACACACGCACACACACACACAAACACACACACACAUACAUACACACACACCUGACGUUAACAUGUGCCUAUGACUACUGUGAACACACAUGGAGGUGACAGACAAGAACAGAGGUAGCCGAAACAUCUUGUAUCACUGUAGCAGGAGACUGUUGUGGCCAGUUAUACUGCCCCCCCCCCCCCCCCCCCCCCCCCCCCCCCCAUGUUACACAACAACACAAAAGUUCAGUUUCUACUGUAUGUCCCCCUUUAUAAAAUGUUGGUGCUUUUUGACUCCUUGGUGAUGUUUUCCUAUUUAUUUCUAUCCAUGUGUGUAGUUUAAGCAUUUUAUGAUACAUGAUUUUUUGAAAGAAGAUGUAAAUUUAAAUGAUUUCUAAUCAGUUAAUGCCUUUUUUUAAUUUUGUCACAGAGCCUAUUGGGUUGUAGUUUGUCGGUGAUGGAUUUGAAAGUUUUUCUUAUGUAUUUUCUAGAAAAAAAAGGCCUUUUGGAAGCAAACCACAGGGUUAUUCUGAUAGUACAAAUGUUGGAGCUAUUUCAUCCAAAAAAAAAAAAAAAGGCACCAAAAAGAGAAAUAUACCAGCUCUAAGUGUAUGGUUUGUUCGUGGAUGUUAUAAGUUAUAAGUAUGUAUGCUCAGAAAGAAAAACUGGUUAUCUAAAAAUGGGUAAAUGUGGAGAGGAUGGUUUUGGAGCACAAAACAAACAGCAUUUGCUUGAAGAAACUGCAUUCUGAGAAAGGUGUAGUUGCCUAUUUGAUCUCUUUUAAAACAGAAAAUUUACCUUAUAACUAUCCUUGUUAUUCCAGAAAAAGUCACCAUCUUUGACCUCACAGAAUCACUAAUCACUGAUGUUGUCCAGGAUUUAUUCAUGUACAUGUUUCGAACCUCAGCGAUGAUCAGAAUGGAAAGACUUCUGUUAGUAGGUUCAUUUUGACUCCCUUGCUUCAACCCACUGACACGUUCUCCAUCUGCCAGUCAACAGCACAAUACGUAAAGCGCUGAGUUCACGGGUGGCGGCCUUGGCGAACGCUUUGCCACGCUUGCUUGGAAGAACCACAGUUGUCACAGAAAAUGGUGCUGUUUUUCUAGUUCGUCUUCAGCUGUACCUUCUCGUUCCUUUUACCUGCGACUACCUACUACCUGAGUAGAGAGCAGUGAAGGGUUUCCUGGAAAUGUCUCUACUGAAGCACACAAAGAAGCACAGAGGACAAAAAAAAAAAAAGCAUGGUCACCUUUUUUUUCAUAUCACUGAUUCAGAUUGUUAUCGACUCGCCUCGAGGGGCCAAGAGCCGUCAACUAUUAUCUUUGUAUAGAACAAUAAUUUUGACACUCUCUUUGUCUCGUGCUUCUCUGUGGGAAUGUGCAUGGCCACUGUUUUGUUUUGAGUACCUGUUCACACUUCAAUAUGGUAUUUGGAAUGGCUUUUCUUUGUCUAAUGAUGUUUCCAGCACAAUUAGAAGAUGUACUUUUUUAUCUUAGUCACAGUGUUCUGCAUUACAAGGGAUUUUAUUUAUUUUUUUCUUCUUCAGGAAGGUGAAAUGUUUAAAAAUAUAAUUGUAUACUUUAUAGAUUCUCAGGUUUAUGGAGAUAAUAUAUUGCAACAGUUUUGAAAGCUUCCUUCCCAUCAUCUAGCUCACUACCUGUAGUGGUGAAUUCACAUUUAUCGUCACAUUCUUAUACUAACAUAACACCUGAAGCACGAAACAUUUCCUGCAUAGACUGCACAUUGUCACUAAACACAAUAACUUGUUGGUAUUUAUAUCAGUUGCAUUUCAAGUUCAGAUGUAUUUUUGGUAUCUUGUGCCAAAUUUGAGUGCCAUUUUCUAUUUUUAUUUCAUUGUUGUUGCCUCCAUGAUCAUAUUGAAGGUUUUUCAUUCAAAUCACCACUAAAGGUUUGCAAUACAGAAAUGUUAUUUUCUACCUGAAAAUUGUACAAUCAAUGAAAAUUGCUGUUUUCUUGUAUCUGGUAUAGUAUUUUACCAGAAGUGUUUAGCAUUGUAUGGAUGUUACUACAAUAUAUAUGUGUUUUUGUUACACACAUUUCCAUAUCUGUAUAGUAUAGAUAAAUACUCAAUACUGAAUUUGUUCAGGGGUAUGUGCAAUUACAGAUCCAUAGAGGCAUUAUUAAAUAGAAUGACAAAUUACAAUAUCAGAGUUGCUUAUUAAACAAUGUUGAACAAU